GGGCGUAUAAAUUGUCGGGCCUGGCACGGGGAGCUCCGUCGUCAACCGCAGCGCGGCAGCAGCGGCCAGUGUAGGCGCGUAGCAGUGAAUAGUGAUCGGUGACUCGGUGUGCCGUGUGCGAGCGUGAAGUGCGUGCGCAUGGCGGCGCCGCUGGGACUCGUCGGCCACGAGGCGUACGCCGCCUGCUCCUACCCGCAGCCCGCCGCCGCCGCCGCCUCCUCCUACUUCUCCCCUCCUGAGCUCGUGGCGGACAGCGGUGGUGCCGUGAUGGAGCUCGCGCCGCCCAUGGCUGACUACUGCCUCCCGGGGAUCAUGGGCGCGCGAACGCCCGACUACUACUGCUCGCCGCCGGCGCCGGUGUUCGCCAACGGCGGCGCUGCCGCUGCCGAGAAUGAGAUGAUGAACAGCAUGAGCUACGUGGGCGAUGACGGGAGGAUGAUUACGAUGAGCGGGUCGGCCGGGAACGGCGGCCGGCCGUCGCCGCGGAUCGGGUUCCGGACGAGGUCGGAGGUGGACGUCCUGGACGACGGCUUCAAGUGGCGCAAGUACGGCAAGAAGGCGGUCAAGAGCAGCCCCAACCCGAGGAACUACUACCGGUGCUCGGCGGAGGGGUGCGGCGUGAAGAAGCGCGUGGAGCGGGACGGCGACGACCCGCGCUACGUCGUCACCACCUACGACGGCGUCCACAACCACGCCGUGCCCGGGCGCGGCGCCCAGCGGCCUGCGCGCUCGGCGCCCCUGGUGGCGGCGCCGUGGAGCGCGCCCGCCGCUCCCUGUGAUCCGUGGGGGACGCAGCUCCACGCCGCGGCUCACUCGUCGGAGUCGUCGUACUGAUCGGCCACUGCUAGUGCUAGCUUCCUACGCACCACCAUGUAAAAUGUUCAGAAAUGGGGAGAUCGAUCCCCGCUUUUUUUUGGGUUUGUACCAUAUUACCAUAAUAGUUACACACUGAAUCGGUUUGUCUGAUUCGCUUGACUGGACAUCGCAAAUUCCUGUGUGUAGUUACUUUUAUGAUCUUACUCCCUCCAUUUUUUCUAAAUAUAUGGUGUUUAGGGCAAGUUAAUUA